AUGGAUUUCGACUCUACAGAACAGAGCAGAAGCAAGAGAACCAAGCUUGAAGAACACGCACCACCACUCGAUUUUCUCACGAGACUCCCUCGCGAGCUCGUCUUAGAGAUCUUUUCAAAGCUACCCGUUUCGUCUUUGGUCAAUUUCAUGUACGUUUGCCGAUCAUGGCGAUCGUUGGCACAAGACCCUUCUAUUGCUCCUCAUCUCUCUAGCAUCACCAAGACCAACCAGUGCUUAAUCUUUCACUGUGAUACUCCGAUUCGCAGUCAAGUAUGCUUCGCAGAUUUCAAUUCUUCUCCAGGUAACAUCCAAAAGGUCACUACUCUCCUUCCAAUUUUCACUUCUUCGAUGCCUGAGUUUGAUGUAGUAGCAUCAUGGGAUGGCGUGUUGUGCUUGUUCGAUUCCUUGAUCGGUGACAAACUCUAUCUGUAUAACCCUUUCACUAAUUUCUUCGCACGGUUGCCUCAACCUGUGAGACACCCAAAUCGAGAGGUUGUGAUUGGAUUCGGAUUCGUUCAGAAAACUCAGGAAUUCAAAGUUGUUCAAAUUAUAAAUACAAACCCUUCCAAAGAUUCUCCAAAACAAAAAGUACCGCCAAGUUCGAAGACUCUGAUUCUUAGUCUGGGAAGCUCAAAGUGGAGAGAUAUAGGGGAAGUGGGGUAUCAUUUUGUUCAGUGUUCUUCACAGAUUAUUGUUAACGGGAGACUCCAUUGGGUGACUCAGCCAAGGAAUCGUUGUAGUGCUCUUGUAUCAUUUGAUCUCACAAACGAGGUAUUCGAACUUGUUCAAAAGCCUUGUAGUGAAGCCUUGAAGAAAUAUGAAUACCAUUUGCUUGUCAUAAAGGGUUGUCUUUCUGCAGCAUUUUAUUGCAGACAAGGAAGAUUAGAGAUAUGGGUAAUGAAAAAUUAUGGGGUCAAGGAAUCUUGGACCAAGGAAUUCAGCAUUCGAAAACAUGUUCCUAACGGGUUAACAGAGAAUGAAUUGGAUUGUUGGGGCAUGAAAUUCAUGAAGACAAUGUCGAGAGCUAGAGGGGUUAGAGCUGUGUGUGUUCUAAACAACGGUGAGAUUUUGUUGGAGUAUAAAGGGAAGGCUUUGGCCACUUAUGAUCCCACCAAGAGAAAAUUUAAGGAUUUACAAAUCCAAGGGAUACCCAAGUGGUUUCAAGUGGUUCAUGCGGGCAGCUUCAAUUGGAUUGAUACACUCCCUUCAUCAUAA